GCUCACACAUAAAGAAAUAAGUCGAAUAAGCAGAGAGGUUGGGCUUGACUGGGACGGUCUGGCAGGACUCAUGGAUAUUCCGUACUAUGAAAGCGAAGAGAUUAGAUUCAACUGCACGAAAUUUUCUUCAAGAGGUGAACAAGUUCUCCUACUUUUCAAUGAAAGCCACUCGUUUGAUCGGCGUAUUUUCAAAAGGUGUUUGGAUGAAUUGGGACGAAAAGAUUUGAAAGACAUGCUGCUUCCGAUGGAGAAUGAGGAUGGAACUGAAACUACAUUAUCAACACAGACGCAAGGUUUUCUGGAAGAACAAUUGGUAACAACACCUCUUUCACCUCGAGAAUUGUACAGACUGAGCCGGCGUGUUGUGGACUGGAACUGUCUUGCUGGUCUAUUAAACAUUCCAGCUGCCGAGAGGAGCAACAUUCGAUCUUGUGACAGAUAUUAUGAUGACCGCAGUCGAGCUGAGAAGAUAUUAUCAAUUUUCAACCGUAGAGAAGAGUUUUCACGGGAGCAGCUAGCUCGCUGCUUGGAUGAAAUCAAGCAGAAUGAUUUGAUAGGACCAAUUUUAAACGGAGAUUGGAGGACCUUGGUCAUUCCAUGAUCUUCUGGUUGAGUUAUUAACAGUAAAACACACACAACUUUGAGCCCAGACUAAGGGUUUUUUUUAAAAAGGAAUUUUGCGCGUUUCAGAUAAAUAUCCCUGGCUUUUUGGUACAUGGAAAAGCGACUAUC